CCAAGGUUCUUGGUGCCAUCCCGGCUGAAUGAUGAACUAUGAACGAUCACGAACGACCUACCAUAACGCCUGUGUGCUGGACUUGAUCUUGAUAGGGCCACCCCCGAGGAGCACACUGGCACACGGACGAAGAACGGAACUGCCCGCGACUUGCCCGAUCUGCGGGGUUUUUCAGAUCCAGGCCUGGGACCUGAAUCGACCAACGAUUGACACGGCAGAGGAUGCGAAGGACUGCGGAGCUCAGACUGUUCUGACAACGCGGAGGAUCUCUGAGUUUGGUCGACAAGAUUUGGAAAACGGAGCGAUUGUGCAGAAUGACAUGGAACGACAUGGAAUGACAAGAAUUCCAUGCUUCCCCUGUCACUGACACGGGUGGUACAGGUGUGAAAAAACUCGAACCUAAA